UCCUGUCAUUUCAUUUGGAGAUGGUGGUCCACGUGGACGCUGCCCAAGUCUUUACACUGCUUUCGGACCUGCGUCGGAGGCCAGAGUGGGACAAGCAUUACCGGGGCCCACUCCUGCUUUAAGAACACCAUGCUGGCAGGGGUGCCACAGGAAGCCCCACAGUCAGCAGUUGGAGAGAAGGGACAGUGGUAUUGAGAGGCUUCCCGACUGGACAUGGCCCUGAGUCGGGGGGCUAGCCUCAUUCUCCACGAAGACCUAGAGAAGACACCAAGCCCCAGCUCCUAUGAGGUACCAGGAAUAAUGUCUAGCACCAUGCCUAGGCCCACCCCAGACCUGGUCCUUAAUCCUCUCCCGGCACAUGGCUUGGCUCCCACUCCAGUCCUUCACCCAGCACGGAGUCCUGACCUAGAGGGAGUGGCUGGCCUUGUGUCUACUGACGCCUCCAACCCCAAUGCCAGUGGUGCCACGACUCCAACCUCCGUCCAGAUCAACAGUGGCUCCGUGGACACGGCAGAGCAGAGUUUGAAUCACAUCUCCAGGCCCGACUCAGCAGGGACUCUCGGCCCAGGCUCACAAGCAGCUGGAAGCCACAGCGCUACCCAGGCUACUAUUUUAAGUACAGAGAAUCCUUCUAGGCCAUGCUCUGAGGAUGUCCCCAGGCCCCUCUCAAACAAGGUUUUCGAUUUGGGUCAGAGUAACUCUAAUCCAUCCAGGCCUGAGCCAAACUUAUUUGUAAGAGCUCUUUCCAGAGACGCCCUGGUCCGGAGCCAGAGCAUCUCCAGGCAGGGCUCUCAGGUGCCUCUUCUUCUAGCCUCCAACACUUCUUUGGACCCUCUGCGCUCUGGGAACACCUCCAAGGUGAACUUGGGUAUAGCCCCAAACCAGAAAGAGUCCAUCACCUUGACUUCACGUACUAUUUUUGCAUCUGUUUCCAAAGAAGCCUUGAGUGCACCCUGGAACUCAGGCUCCCAGGGCUCCAUCAAUGUGACUUCCAGCAGCCGACCCAGGUCUGGUUUAAAUGUGACUGUCACUCAGGCCUCACGUGUCAGCCUGAUCCCCGGUUCCAGCGGAGGUCUCAGCCUGCACUCGAGUGCCAGAGCACCCACCUCCACUCUCUCUCCAUCUUCCUGCAUGACACUAAUCCUGGGCUCCGAGUCCCUGAGCAUGGAUUCCAGCUUCCUGGUGAGCGACACCUCCACCUUGACCAUGAGCAGCCAGCGGGAUUAUUCUGAGGACAACAGCAUCCGCACCAUGCCCCUGGAGGAGAAUCUGGGGAAGUGGGACAGCCUGCAGGGUGUCACGGCUUUCCGCAGCCCUCCUGAGGGAACCUCUGAAGAUGGGAAGCUCAACAUGCCAGAGGACAGAGACGAUGGCAACAAAACAGCUCUGGUAGAGAACACCAUUGCUUUCCAGAAGGAUCAGGACCUGAUGGAAACGAAAGGAGAAAAGGAGACAACAGUGAAGAUGAUGAUGAGACAGAUUCAGGAAGAGCCUGUGGAUUCCCUUUUGAGCCCUGUCCGCCGGCAAGCCAUGGAGAUCCUGGCACAGCUGAGUCACACCAAGCCUGCCCUGAGUGUGCGGGACAGGGUGGAGCUGGUGAACACCUGUGUGCGGAGCGUGUUCUCCCUGCCCUCGGUGCGGGCCAUGCAGGAGAAAGACGAGGCCAAGGCAGAGGUCAUCCAGACACUUUACCACCAGACCUUAGAUUCCUUGCAGAAACUGCUCAAUGCCCUCUUUAUCGAAGACCCUACGCCCGCAGGACUGAAGAGCAUCUUGGAGCCCCUAGGGCCCUGGAUGAACUCUGGGAAGGCCCAUGAGCGUGCACGGGCUGUGAACAGUAACAUCUCUGUGCUGAACCACACACUCGUGACCCUGCCUUUCUCCAUGUCCUCAGGGUUCCCAGCACUGGGUCUGCUGCUGGGGAGGCUCCUUCUUCGUAUCGGGGAUCCUGAUGAAGAGAUCGGCCGGGAGGCUCUGGACGGCAUUGCCAUCCUCUACACUAUCCUGGAUCUCCAGAAACGAACCAAGGACAAGGAAGACACCAACAAGAAAGAGCUGUAUGAGAACAACAAGCACUUCCUAGGGCCCUACAACCCUGUCAGCCCAUGCCAGAACAUUCUGCGUGUCAUUGCGGAAUUUGGAGACUUCCUGGGGCCCCAGCAGGUAAAGGACCUUCUGUUAGCAGCCUUGGAAGGCCUGAAGGACAUCUCAGAGGCUCAGGGGAAGGACUCCGGGGAGAUGAUGCAGCUGGCCUCGGAGGUCACACUCAGUUCUGUGCUGGAGUGGUAUCGCCACAGGGCGCUGGAGGUGAUUCCAGAGAUCAUGCAGGGCAUCUAUAUGCAACUGAGCCACAUCCAGGAGCCGCGGGCGCGUGAGGUGGCCCUGCUGCCCAUCUCCUUCCUGGCCAGCUCCUUCAUGACCGAGGUCGUGGUGGCCCUGUUCAUGUGCCCCCUCCCACUGGACAGCAACGGGGCAGAGAUGUGGAGGCAGCUGAUACUUCGAAAGCCCAGCUGUGACGUCCGAGAUCUGCUGGAUCUGCUCCUGACUAGCCUGAAGGAGAAACCCAUCACCAAGAAGGGCCGGGCCUCCAUUGUGCCCCUGGCGGCAGCCAGUGGCUUGUGUGAGCUCCUGUCCGUCAACAGCUGUGUGAGCCGUGUGAGGCGCAUCUACCCUCAGCUGCUCCUGGCUCUGCUCAUUCAGGUCCAUUAUCACAUUGGCCUCAGCCUGCCCAGCCGCGUGGCUCCUCGGAAGGAUGCCAAGGAUGACACGCAGCCUCCUGUCUUCUUACCUGUAUGCUGGAUGGUGAAGGUGGUGAAAACCCUGCUUCUGAAAAUGGGCUGUUCAUAUGAGUCUACGUUUCUGGAGGAGCAGGGUGGCUGGGAGCUCAUGGGCCAGGCAGAGAAUCACUACCGGGGAGUGUCCUUGUUGGCAAGGGCUAUGGUGCAAUACUCCUGUCAGGAGCUGUGUCGCAUCCUCUACCUGCUCAUCCCGCUCUUGGAAAGAGGUGACGAGAAGCACAAGGUCACGGCCACCGCCUUCUUUGUGGAGCUGUUCCGCAUGGAGCAGGUGCGUCGCAUCCCCGAGGAGUACUCCCUGGGGCGGAUGGUGGAAGGCCUGAGCCACCGCAACCCCAUCAUGAAGGUGCUGUCCAUCCGGGGCCUGGUCAUCCUGGCCUGUAGGUCUGAGAAGAUGGCCAAGGUCCAGACCCUGCUGCCCACCAUGGUUAAAUGCCUGAAGAACAUGGAUGGGGUGUUGGUGGUGGAGGCCGUCUGUGACCUCAAGAGCAUCUUCAAGGGGAAGGGCAAGAAGCUAACGGACAGCUCAGUCUAUGUGGAGAUGCUGCAGCUCUUGCUGCCUCACUUCACUGAUGCAAGAGAAGAGGUGCAGGUCUCCUGCAUCAGCGUGUACGGAAAAGUGGUUCAGAAGCUCCGGAUACCCCGCACCCAAGCCUUGGAGGAGCAGCUGACCAGCACGCUGCUGCCCUUGCUCCUCAUCAUGCAGGAGGGCAAUGCCAAAGUGGUCCAGAAAUGUGUGAAGACCCUGUUCCGCUGUUCUUGCUUCAUGAAGUGGGACUUGCCAAAAAGGGCUUACAGCCAGAAGCCCUGGGAAAACCAUCUACAGACAGUGGCAAAAAUUUGCAAGUAUCUUGUGAACUCUCACCGAGACAGCGUCUUCACCUUCCUCAGCCAGAGCCUGGAGUUUGCAAAGAAUUCACGGGCCUCCCUCCGGAAGUCCUCUGUCAUCUUCAUAGGGUCCCUGGUCCCCUGCAUGAAGAACAUUAUGACUGAACAGUGGCUGAAUGAAGUGAAAGCCACUCUGGAGCUCUUGAGACAUGACCCAGAAGCGUCAGUAUGCAUCUACGCAGCCCAGGCCCAGGACCACAUAAUGGCUAGCUGCUGGCGGAGUUCUUGGCCGCUGCCACAUGGGGAUUCAUGGGUGUGUGACCCAUCCACUUCGCACCGCUGGAGCUCCAGCUGUGAGACCCUACCCACGUCCCACCAGCGGCGCUCCUGGAUCAUGCAGGCACUGGGCUCCUGGAAGAUGUCGAUGUCUUUGAAGCAGUGACAUGCCAAAGCCCCCAGACAGGUCACUGUAAAUACCGCAUGGUCAAGCUCUCCAUCCGGACGGCUUCUUCAUGAGAGAUACCCCGGGCUCCUGUGUAGCCCUCACCAUGACGAGUCUGUGAAAAGCGUAUGACCUUCAUUUGUUGAUUCAGUUGACACUUACAGAUGUGUGCAGGCUGUUUUGUUCACUUAUCAUAACGGGAUGGGAUACCAGGGUACAGAGGUGAAGUGGCUUGACCAAGGCCACUCAGGAGGUCUCCUGGACAUCUCAGUUUCCCUUUCCCCAGUGACAAGAGCAGAAGGGGUGAUGGUUUAGGUGGCCCUUGUAGAAAAGGAAAGAGAAAAGACUCUCCCACCUAUGGCAUCAUGCAUAUUUGGGGACCCUGGUCUCUGAGUCUCACCCUUGGGUCUCUGCCCAAUAAUUGCCCACCCCUAACACAAAAAUACCUGAAGUCAUUUUUGCUGUUGCCACCUGAAGGUGUCAAUGCUACUGACUUCUGGUAGGUAGGGAACAGUUGUCAGGACACACUGUUAAGUACCUUACAGUGUUCAUGACAGCCCCCACAUGGAAGUGCUCCAAAGACUGAGUUCAGCAGGAAGGCAUAGAGACCGUGACAUCGAGAGGUUGUGUGUGUCAGCUGAGGUUCCAGAGAAGAGAUUUUUCAAGGAGGUUUGGAAAAAUAGCCACAUUUGGGCAUCUAUGUGUAGACAGUGGGGUACUUGGGACCAAAGACCAUCUUCAAAGUCAUGGUGAGACAGAACCUAGAAAAAGAGGAGAGGGGCAAGAGCCAGGCCUAAGGCCAUGGAAGCUGCCCAAAGGAGAUAGACUUCAUCCAGAGGGCAGUGGGGAGGCACGGUGGGGUGCUAAGAAGGGAGAUAGAUGAGCAGAUGCCAACUUUAGAAAACUCUCCUCGUGGGAUGUAGGAGCCCUGGGCACUGCUGGUGUGGCAUAGAUUGACGCAGCUAUUCUGAACAAGAAUCUGUUACUAGUCAGUAGUGGGAGCUUAGGAAUAACCAUGAGCCAAGGAGUCUACCUGUAGGCAUACAUCCUGGGGCGAUCGUCCCACAGGUCCACAGGGGCAUGUAUGAAGAUGUCUGAGGUGAGGUGAGGUGAUGUGGGGUGAGGUGAGGCGAGGAGGAGUUAGGCUGGGUAUCCAGAAGAGUAAGCUCCAUGGAGUUUCAUGUGUAGUUAUAGGUAGUAAGGAUGUACUUAGUUCCCUUGGGGACCCCAAACCUUGCGUUGAGUGAAAAAAGUGUGCUAAAAUUUGUGUGCACAAAAGUUUUUUGUUGGAGACUGGGUCUAGGCGGUCUUGAACUUGUGAUUCUCUCCUUCUGAAACUCAUAAGUGCUAGGAUUACAGACAGAUGUUACCAGGCUUGGCUAA